AUGGAUAAUAUUGCUUCCUCCCUUCACCUUUGCCUGGUUGGAAGAUUCCUAGCCUUCAGACCCACUAUAGAUAUGGUCAAAAGAUGGGCGGGCUCUAGAUGGAAAAUCAAAGGUAGUGUCUCGGUCUCUACCAUGCCUGGAGGACUCUUCCUUUUUAGAUUUACUGCAAGAAAAGACUUCAUUUUUAUUAUGUCUGGUUCAUGGUCUUAUGGUAAGCAUUGCCUUACUCUCUCCAAGUGGAAGUCGGGAUUUGACCCAAGUGCGGACCUCCUUAAACUGGUGUCAAUUUGGAUCAAACUCUCGGGCCUCCCCCUGGAAUUUUGGGACGAUACCAUUUUCAAGUGGAUUGGGAACUCGCUUGGCCAGUUUGUUGUUGUCGACAAUGUGACAAUGCAGAAGUCCAAACUUGUGUAUGCUCGCCUUUGUGUGAAUGUGGUUGUUAACAACCCACUCCCUAAUUUCAUUGCCCUCAAAUCCAAAUGGGGUAAAUGGACACAUGCAAUUGUCUAUGAGAGUGUCUCUCUGUAUUGUCAAAUAUGUGGUAAACAUGGUCAUGUUAUUGCGGACUACCCGACCCCACAACCUCCUAAGGAAAAGUUGAAGGAGAAGUUAUCAUCCCCGGGUAUUGUUAUUAGGGAGACAACUGAGAAUGGUAACCCCUUGACCUCUGACAACAUUGUGGGUCAGAUCGAGGACCUGACAGAAAAGACGAGCCCUCAAGAUACCUCUAAGGAGGGUUACCCCUUCUUGGCUGGUAUUCUUAACAUGAUAGUUACCCUUGACUCCAAGAAGGCUCCUACCCCUCGAGGAGAUGCUUAG